AUGAGCAGUAUGAAUGGGAUGGGGAUGGACUCGGCAUCCAGCCCGAUUUUCAGACCAUAUAAUCAGACGCUUGCGCGAGGGUACUGGUAUAUCAUCGGCGGUGUCGUGGCGUUCCUUCUCCUCCUACGAGGGAUAGAAUAUUAUCAGAUAUGGGCUAGGUUGAGGCGUGUUCGAACCAGGAAGUCGAUGUUAUAUCCGACGAAAGUGGAUGACCUUCCAAUGCAGGUUUUCGCGACUGCGACUGCCAUUACAAGAGAAUUGAGCUAUCCCCAGCCUCAUCCAGGGGGAUGGCUCUCAUUCUUCCGACCUCUUUCCUCUGGCAGGGCGAUCGUGAUCGCCUGUUAUUGGGCUAUCAUCGCAUACAUGUUGACGGAUCGUGCAAUAGUAAAUGAUGCAUACUAUUGGGAAAGAGUAGGCUUCCGUGGAGCGUGGAUAUCAGUCACGCAAGUUCCCCUGGUGUACCUCCUAGCAUCCAAGUCGAGCUUCAUCGGCUUCAUCAUCGGAACCUCCCACGAAAGGUUGAACUGGCUACACCGAUGGGUUUCCCGUACGCUGCUCGUAAGCGUGACCGUACACGGAUUCUUCUUCAUGGCUGAGUGGGUAAAGGCAAACUUUGUCACCCUUGAGCUCUCGAUGAUGCCGGUGGUCAAAUAUGGUCUUGUAGCGUGGGGUCUCCUGGUUUGGACGUUCUUCACUUCCCUCUCUCCGAUGCGUCGUUUGGCCUAUGAAUUCUUUGUUUUGCAGCACAUUGUAACAUCAGCAGUCUUUUUAUGGGUGCUGUACAUCCACGUGCCAAGCUACGCCAGAUACAACAUCUGGUUUGCAAUCGGGGCCCUGUUGUUGGACCGAGCAGUAAGGAUUGUUCUGCUCUUGAUUCGAAACAUCCGAAUUCGACGCGCCAAGUCAUGUGGUGCAACUCAAAAAAUUGGGCACCAGGUCGAGCUUCAAGCGUCGUGUAGUGAGAUUGUGGUUAUCACCAUCAAGGAUGUCCAUCUCUCCUGGAAAGCCGGUCAACACAUGUACCUCUGGCUUCCUCGUCUUGGGCCACUCGAAUCCCAUCCGUUCACAAUCGCCAGUCCUUACAAGAAGGCAGAAGAAUGCCACUGCAACCAGAUUCAGUUCGCGGUCAGGGUUCAAUCUGGUUUCUCCAAACGCAUCCACCGAUAUGCGAUGAAGACUCAAGAAACUGGCAACUCACUGACAGGUUUUAUUGCUGGGCCAUAUGGAACACCUCCAAGCUGGGAAGCAUACGAAUCCUUGAUUCUGAUAUCUGCAUCAACUGGAGCGUCCUUCGCUAUGCCCAUCCUUGAAAGCAUUCUUGCCAGCAGGACAACAAUAUGCACACAGCGAAUCCACUUCCUCCUGGCUGUGAGAAAGCGCUCACACAUAGAUUUCUAUGUGCAACGACUCAAUACUGCUCUUUCCCAUGCAGAAGCUCGAGGAAUUGAGCUGAAAGUAGAGAUCGCCAUUACAAGUGAUGCCAGCUCGUUCGUUGAGAGUGAAGAGAGUGAUAAGAGUAUCGAUGAUGAGAAGCAUCUGCAACCCGAACACGUUGUGGAGAACCUUGGAGAAGAAAAGAUCGUAGAGUCUAAACAGGAUAAAGAGGAGACAAUGAUCCACGUCGACUCGAUCUCAGCCUCAAGCUUAACAUCCUCUCGAAGGACAGCUCCCGUCGUGAGCAAGUGUUGUUGUGACAAUGGCGAAGGACCAAGUGGGAUCGAGUCCUCUCGCCAGAUCGUCUACUCUUAUCAACGACCUGAUAUUGCGACUUUCAUUCGGGGCCCAGUCGAGGCGACGGGUGGGGAGACGUCUGUUGCAGUGUGCGGAGGAAAGUCCUUGGUAGCUACCGUGAGAAACGCGGUGGCGAGCUUAAGUGAUGAGAGGGCGGUACACAAAGGCACCGGAGCUCAAGGAAUACAUCUACAUGUCGAAGAAUACUGUUUUUAA